GAGCCAAAUAUCCCGAAUUGGCAACCCAGUUAUUUCUUUUCGCAGGACAUUACGCAAAUUAUACGUCAACACAAGACACGCAUAUUUACACUGUGCAACCGAAACAACAGGAUCACAGUAAACACUUCACACACUUGAUUUUUAACCGAAGCAAUGUCAGUAAAGAAAGCAUCCAAACCGAACCUGAGCCACUCCCAGGUGACAGAAUUGACUGCACGUCUUUUUGGGCUAACUGUAUCUACCAUACAUCCUCUGCCCAGUUACGAUGAUCAGAACUUCCAUGUGGUGUGUGUGGAUGCUGGUGACUUUGUGUUGAAGGUCAUGAACUCUACAGAUAGUGAGAAUAUGAAACUACUCGAGGUGCAGACACACAGCAUGAACCUCUUGCAGCAGAAUGGACUUCCUGCACAGAAGGCUCUAUGCACUGUCACAGGGAAGAUGAUGAGUCUGGAAGAGUUAGAUUGUGGAUAUGGCCUUCAGAAAUAUCUGGUGCGUCUGCUGACGUACCUGCCUGGAACUCCAAUGGCCAAAAUCACCUGUACGCCACAGCUACUGUAUGAAACGGGAAAAAUGGGUGCCAUGCUGGACAAGAUUUUACUGUCGAUGGAGCAUGAGAACCUCGGUGCUCUUCAGAGGGAGAACUUCAUCUGGAGUUUGUCCUGCGUUCCUCUGAUAAAUGAUUAUCUCCAUGUGAUGGAUGGAGAUCCAAUGCAGCUAAUCAUUAGAGGAGUUCUUGAUCAGUACCGAAACCAAGUGAUACCGAAACUCCCCUCCUUCCGCAAGUGUAUAAAUCAUGGAGAUUUGAAUGAUCACAACAUCCUUGUGAAGCAGGACGGACCAUCGUGCUACAGGAUCAGCGGCAUUCUGGACUUUGGUGAUAUGAGCAGCGGUUAUUUUGUUUUUGAGCUGGCGAUCACAAUAAUGUACAUGAUGAUCGAGAGCCGGAAUCCGCUGGAGGUUGGGGGUCAAGUCAUCACUGGGUUUGAGAGCAUUUUUCCUCUGAACUCUGAUGAAAGAGAUGCUUUGUAUACUCUGGUGCUGAGUCGGUUUUCUCAGUCGCUGGUUUAUGCACGUUCUGCGGUUCUCCAGCAACCAGAAAACGAAGAGUACCUGAUGAUCACAGCAAAAAACGGAACUAGACUCCUCCAGCUUCUGUGGGAAAAAGGGAAAGAGGAAGUGGAGAAAGCGUGGUUUGAAGGUGCUGCUAAUAUCUAAAUGCUAAUUGUAAAUUCUUACCCUAAUCCCUAAAAAGCUAAACAAUCACUUCAAAGCACAGCAUUAGGCCAUCCUUAAAAAUAUUCUUUAGGACUGACUCAAUUUUUAUUUAUUUUUUUUUUACUCUUCAAACAACUAAUACAAAUGCAAGACUUGCCGGCUGUAAAAUUGCGUUACCAACACAAGUUUCGAAAACGAAAACAGGAAAUUGAUUUUAACGGCCUUCUCUCAGAGCGUGUCCAGGUUUUUUUUUUUUUUUUUUUUUUGGUGUCACACACCAACUGCAGCUUCGGGGGGACACGCAUAACAGCAAAUAAUACUUCUGCACAAUGUUUCUCUUUUUACAACAGAAAUGUGAAUGGUGUGUUUGACCAAAGGCACGGGUUGAAGAUCCAGUCAGUGACGUCACGAUAUGCUAAUUUGUUUAAAUUCAUACCUACAUAAUCACCAUCACCAAAAUUGUACUUUUUUUUUUUUUUUUUUUUUUUUUUAAAACUGUUACUGCAAACCAAAAUAUUUUUAAGGAUGGCCUUCAUUAACUGCAACUGCUAAUAUUACACUAAUGCUAAACCUCGAAUUUACCGCUAGCCAUAAAAUACAAUGCUACCCAUGACUGUUUACACUGAUAUUAAUAAUUUACAGAUUCCUGCUUAAUUUUGCGAGACAGAUUUGAUUAACAUUGAUAAAGAUGAAUCUUACAGUUGACAUUUAGGCCAUGAUUCUGUCAAUGACUCUCACUAAUAAUUACACUACAGCAGUCUGCACUCCUUAUUCAUGGCUGCAUUUGGACUUGAUUGUGGGCCUGGGUGGGUGAGUGUAAGCCUGGGUAUCAGAGCAAGGACCUAUUUUGGGUGUCUUUGUGCCAGGAUGGGUAAUUGAGAGCUGAUAUGAAUGUAUUUGUGUUUUUAAAAUGUGAAUGGGAAUCCUUUUCUUUUGAUUUCAACAGUAUUAUACUACGAUCUGAUGAAUAUUAACCACAAUUUGUUUACUCUUUAAUUAAAUUACAAUGUAACUGAAUAAACUGAUUUCUGUAAAUAAAAAAAGGAUGAGUGUGUUAAAUUGA